AAUUAAUCAAUUUCUUAUAUUUUGAUUCGAAAAAAUCCAAAUCAAAACAUGAAAUUUUCAGCCACAUUUAUUAUCGGUUUUCUUUUGGCUAAUGUAAUGGCCGAAAUGACCAUUAUUGAAAAACAUCGUUGUGAACAAUAUACAUCAAUAUUUGAAAACGAUACAACCGAAUUACAAUAUAGUUAUUGUGAAAAUAUAUUUGAUGGUCGUGGUUAUACAUCAGGACGUGCCGGUUUUUGUACAGGUUGUGGUGAUGCAUUAAAUGUAAUCAUCCAUUAUACAGCAUAUAAACCAAAUAAUCCAUUAGCAAAAUUUAUACCAAUAUUAAAACGUCUUUCGAUCGGUAAUGGUAAUAUAAAUCAAUUGAAUGGUUAUUGUGAAGCAUGGAAACAAGCAUCAAAUGAUUAUCUAUUUCGUCAAUUUCAAGAUUAUAUUAAUGAUUUAUUAUAUUAUGUACCAGCAAUGAAUGGUGCUAAACGUAUGAAUAUAACAACAGCAUUAGGAAAAUGUUCAUUAUAUGAUACAAUCAUACAACAUGGUGGUGGAAAUGAUAAUGAUUCAUUUGAUGCUAUAUUAAAUCGAACAAAAAUUCAAAUGAAUGGUCCAGUAACUGGUAAAAAUAAUGAACCGAAAUGGAUUGAAAAAUUUUUAGAAAUAAGAAAAAAUGUUUUAUUAAUGCCAAAAAAUAAUGCCUAUCGUUCAUCAUGGAGUAAAACAACUGAUCGUGUUAAUUUUCUAUUACAAUUAGUCCGGCAAAAUAAUUGGAAUAUGGAUCAAUUACCUAUACGUGUAAAAACACGUUAUCAUGAUCAAACUAUUUAUUCAUAACAAAAUAAUAAUGAGAAUGAAUUGCUUUU